UAAGGAGAGCAGAAGUAGGUCAUAAAAAUACACACACCAAAUAAAAAUAUGCCCAAUAUGACAAUUAUCAUAGCUUACGGAUCUAGGUACUCAUGAAAGCAAGGUAAAUCAGCAAGGUGAAGCAAUUGCAGCGUAUACAGAGGAUAAUUACGGCAUGAAGUUUAGAUCAAGAAGAGCUGUAAAUGCAUUCUUGUUGUGCCUCAUCAUUCUCAUUCUCUACAUUUUACAACCCAACAUGAGCGACACAUAUCAAAUUCUCAGUGAGCAGAUGAUGAUACCCGAUAGAGAUACCAUGACCAUGUCUAAUCUAUUCUGGAAAAGCAUCGACCCUUUACAUCAAAACCAGCAGCUCUUGAUCACUCCACCGGAUAUUAUUUUUCUUGGAACAAACGAUUCUUCUUCCAUUGAGCAAAGAUAUCUUCAAGUCAGCAAGUAUUAUAUGAAAAAAUACCCACUGAUGCUCCAAUCUAUCAUGACGGUUGUCCACCAGAGUGAAUAUCUUGAUCCGUUCCAAUCUUUUUUACUAUGCAUCGCUAGCGUGAAUUUACCUAGCCUUGUCCUAUCGCUCAUGCUUGUAUCAAUCGUCACCUGGAUGUCGCCUUCUUUGCGUGAAAAGAAGUUACUUCCAGCCCUUCAACAGGCAUUUAUUCGCGUAUGCACUUACAUUGUGCAGGUUAUUGUCAGCACCGGAAUUGUCUCUGUAAAUGCUGCAGCAGAAGAUUCGCUCAUUCGUAGAGUGGCCAUGACCCAAGAGAACUAUAACGAAGACGGGGUACAUACGGGUGCGAUAUCCUGGCAACGUCAGUUCAGUAAACUGCAAAUGGAUAGCUGUUUACGAAACAUAUCAGUAAAGACACUCAAAGGCCGCCACACGGCUGAUGUGCACUCUCUUUCCGCAACCGCUCGGUUGGUUGUAUCCGCCGGACAAGAUGGGCAACUCAAUCUGUGGGACAUCAAACGAAAGGCUUGGAUGGCAAGACUAGACAAGAUGAUCAAAUUGAAUGGAGGUCAUUGGGUUGCAGAGCAGAUUAAUUCAGAGUAUUAUCAUCUCCAUGAAACGGAUGUAAUGGCGGCUUGUCAUCGACAUUCCAAAAAGAACUUUAUCGAAAGAAGACAGGUCCCGCUUGCUAUGUGUGUCAAGGUGGAUGAUGAACAUCGAUGGGUUGCAGCUGGGUAUGGCGAUGGAACCAUACGCUUGUGGGAGGUUAAAACACUCUAUCUUUUAUGUGAACUAACAGUGGACAGCGAAUCAGAGGAAAUUGACAAAGCUAACUUGUAUCACUCGGCAGUUACUCCAAAGCGUGUAAUAUACAUGGACUUUCUUCAAGUUGAAGAUAUCGAGCAUGACAAUGUCACAAAGCAUCACUCUGUGCUUGCACUGCAUAGGGAUAACACUCUUUGCGAAUGGAGUAUUUCUGAUGGUAAGAUAAUAAGCUCAACUAAUACAAAUCAUACCAAGGCUACCCAUGCUACACAUCUCUUUAUAAAAGAUGGUCAACAAUACUUCUUUACAGGCUCAAACGAUGGGCAGAUAAAGUGUUGGGAGAGAAUGAAAUUUAAGGAUUCCAACUCAACGCGGGUUGACUGGGCCUGUCGAUAUAUAAUAACCCAUCGAGACAAUCAUCAUGCAGUCACUAGUAUAGCAGCAGCCAAAUCAAGUUGCAGUUCAUUUAGCAUUUUGGUGUCAGGAGCAAGUGAUGGUAGUGUAAAGGUGUGGAAUAUGGAUACUGGUAAUGCAUUGUUUACAUUGUCACAAGGCAGUGAUCAUAUAUCGUCUCGAAGAACGAGCGUUUCGGAGCAUGCUUCGUUCCUAGUUGGACGAAACGAGACACAAGAAGAAACUGAGUCAUUCACAGCUGACCACAAUGGCUAUAUCACUCAAGUAGCUGUAGAAAGCUUUAAAGACAUAGAAUACCCUACCUCAAUUCAUCCUAACACACCCUUUGUCUUUAUGGUUGCCUCAAGUUCACUAGACAGCACAGUGCAUAUCUGGCGUUUAGACAUUGACGACCAAAAACCAGACGAUACGGUCCCGGGUUCUUCUCGACCACCUUCUCGUAGACAUGUUGGAUACCUUAUUCCCGAAAUACCGUCUGUUUCUUUAAACAGCGAAAAAGAAUGCAGCAUAAAAGAACAUCAGGUUCAAUAUCUUGGUCUGCUAGAACAACUGGGUGGAAAAAACUUAGUGUUUUGUAAAAAUAAUGUUCUGUCUGGCGUCCGACGCGUACAAAAUAGAUGGUAUGCUUGGUUUGUACCAUUACAGUGUCUUCACACACCUGUGUAUGCAUCCAACCAAUUAUUCAUUCCUACAGUCAGUUAUUAUCUUGAUAGAGAAAACCAAACCACAUUUGAACAACAUCAUACGACUGCACUAUGGAAGAGAUUGUUUUAUAUUCGUCCCAAAGAGACAUUAUUGAAUCAUAAAAAUGCAUCUCUUCAGGGUCGUAGCUUUGAAGAGGAGGAUGCAUCUGAUUUGCUGCCAUUUACUACUGUGCAAAAUAUAGUUACUACAGAUGGAUAUGGUUUUGCCUGCGAUUAUGGUAAUUUUAUAAAAAUCAUUUCAUUUGACGAUGCUUUAAGGAAAUAGUCAGAGUAUUUCCCUUUAAAUAAAAUGAACAGCGGAGUAGAUUAUGUAG